UUGACUAGCGCGUACCUUCUGUCAAUGCAACAGCCAAUGCCUACUUCACUUCCUUUUGCCGUUGCCGCUUUUUCGACACGACCGUCAGAGAAAAGAGGAAGGAAGCCGGCCAUUAUUUGCGAUUUACAAGCGGCACUCACCUUUCUGUAUUUGUUUUUGUGACGUUAUUUUAUCAUUUCUGGAACACGAUCAGAAAUUUAAGUGUUGUGAAGUGCUAUUUUUCUUGAAAACUAAUCAAAUUGCAAAAUGGGAGAUGAAAAGAAGUCCAAUGAAGCCGAACAUAUCAACCUCAAAGUACUCGGACAAGAUAAUGCUGUUGUACAAUUCAAAAUUAAAAGGCAUACUCCCCUCAGGAAGCUGAUGACUGCAUACUGUGAGCGUGCUGGUAUCAGCACACAAGUAGUUAGAUUCAGAUUUGAUGGAAACCCCAUAAAUGACACAGACACUCCAACAUCCUUAGACAUGGAAGAAGGUGACACUAUCGAAGUUUACCAACAACAAACUGGUGGAUUUUGUUUAAACUAAUUUAAAAAUGUACACAAACUUAAUGUUAAUCUCUGUCUUAAUAUUAAACUUCGAUUUAAAGUUAAAGUAGUUUUAUGUAAAAUAGGCUCUUAAGUUAAUUGUAAUUCCUAAUGAUGAAUAGAAAACCACAUCUAUGGUCCAUCAGAAAAUUUUAUGUUCAUAUUUGGUCUGAUUUUGUAUUUUAAAAUUAGUGAAUACAAAUCUUUUUCAU